AUGUCUGCCCUACCGAAGCAGGCUUCCACCCCCACCUCCUCUAUCUCGUCGGAUGAGAAGUGGGAUCACUCGCUUGAGACGCUGAUCCGCAAGUCCACAAUUGGGUUUGCCACUGGCAUUCUGCCUGGUCUUUUGCUGGCCCGCUCGCCGGCAGCACGUAGUGCGAUUGUGGCCCUGUGCACCGGCAUAGGCAGCGGGAUCGCCUAUGGUGAGGCGCGCUACCUCUUUGACCACGAUAUCAUGUUCGACAAGCGUCACCUAAUUCAGGUGCAGGUAGUCGGUAGCAGCAGCUGCCAAGAGAAUGGCACCCAGAAGUCUAUCGAGUAA